AUGCCGUACCAAGUUCUGCCCGGUCUUGUGGUUAUCUCUGUCGCCUUCUCUAUCAUGGGUGUGGGGUUUGGUGCUGUCAACAAAUGGCAAGCCCGUAAUAACAUGCAGAGCAAGCUGGAGUUGAUUUCGGACUGGGAUCGCAUGAUGGACGAACGCGAUCGCAAACUGGCAGCUAGGGCGGCGGCUUUUAACGCAAAUCAAAAAAUGAAUGAACCAUGA